UAUCUCUAAGAGUGGACACGCUGACCGUCAACGAUGUUGUGUGUUGUGAGUGUAGUAUUCGUUUCCUACAAAUUUUCAGCCCCGUGGUUUUGCAGCGUUCGGAGUUCCGACCCAAUCAACGCUUCCCGUACCGUCGUUCCAUUUGGUGUGGUAUUUGGCCUUACUCGCCACGCCUCCCCUGUGUCCCGUUCAUCUAACUACCCGUCUUCCCGCCCGCUUAGUUGAGAGAGUACUGGGGCUACCAUGACGUCGUUGCGACCUUUCACGUGCGAUGACAUGUUCCGCUUCAACAACAUCAACCUGGAUCCCCUGACCGAGACCUACGGCGUAGGAUUCUACCUCCAAUACUUGGCUCGCUGGCCCGAAUACUUUGUGGUGGCCGAGGCUCCUUCUGGCCAACUCAUGGGCUACAUCAUGGGCAAGGCCGAAGGUAACGGCGAAAAUUGGCACGGUCACGUGACGGCCGUGACCUGCGCCGUGUCUCACCGGCGCCUAGGACUGGCUGGGCGAUUGAUGGCCGCUUUGGAGGCCAUCUCGGAAAAGAAGCGUUGUUAUUUCGUAGAUCUGUUCGUGCGGGUGAGCAAUGCGGCCGCUAUCAAAAUGUACACCCUCCUGGGCUACACCGUGUAUCGGACCGUGCUUCAGUAUUAUAGCGGGGACACGGAUGAAGACGCUUAUGAUAUGCGAAAAGCCCUGUCCCGCGACGUGAAUGGACAAUCGUGUAUUCCUUUACCCCGGCCGGUCCAUAUCUAUGAGAUUGAUUGUUAACCCCACUCACUGCCCAGGCCGUGAGGCCGUGACUCUCAGAGGUGCCAGAAAAGGUGCUCUGCGAGGGAUAGAUGUCUGCCAGUGACCAGUCCAAUAGUUAGGCCGGAAAAAUGAUAAGGCUAGAAUAUUCGCUUUCAGUUUCAUCUAUAGCUGGCUCUGUUUUUGAUUGAACAUUUGUUGUUGCAUCUAGUGGGCAUCAUCAUGACCCGCUGAGCCACCCAUUCUAUUUUGUAGGCCCAAAUGGUUGGGGCCUGCCACAUCAAUGAGAGCCACCUGAUCUUAGGUGUGGGUGAUGUCGUCAGGUCCGGCUGGCCUUUCUUCAUGCUGUGGGCGAAAGCCAUUGGGCCCAAGCAAAUAAAUGUGCUGUUGUUAUACAUUGUUA